CUUCCAAACCAAUAUGAUGAAUUUAAAAAUCCUUAGUUGCAGAGUAUAUUUUUUUAUUACAGGUAGUUCUCCUAGCACAGUUGGUCAAGAUAUAAUGAUGAAGAGUCCUAGCUGUUCUUCGUUAAAUCUUGGCAGUAAUAAUUCACACUCAGGACACAAUUCUCAUAAUCUUGCUGAUGUAUCUGGUGGAAAUUCUACAAGUUCUGCUGAUCUUCAGCACAGACUAAAUCAAGCCUUCAUGAGAAAGAUACCACCUGGUGCUGAAGCAUCAAAUAUUUUAGUUGGAGAAGUUGAUUUUUUAGACCGUGCCAUUAUUGCAUUUGUCCGUCUCAGCCAAGCUGCUAAUCUUGGAGACCUGACUGAAGUGCCCGUUCCUACACGCUUUCUUUUUAUCCUCUUAGGUCCUUCGGGAAACUUAGGUCGCUACCAUGAAAUUGGACGAGCUAUGGCUACAUUAAUGUCUGAUGAGGUUUUUCAUGAUGUAGCAUAUAAAGCCAAAAGCAGACAAGACUUAUUAGCUGGCGUUGAUGAAUUUUUAGAUGCUGUCACUGUUUUGCCACCUGGAGCAUGGGAUCCAAGUAUUCGAAUAGAACCUCCACAACAAUUACCAUCACAGGAAUCUAGAAAGAAAACUGAAGUUCAAGAAGUAAAAGUUGAUGAAGAAGAAGAAGAAGAAAAAGAAAGGCAGGAAAGUGGGCUGAAAAGAUCAGGGAGGUUAUUUGGUGGCCUUAUAAAUGAUGUAAAGCGAAAACUUCCAUGGUAUAUAAGUGAUUUUACAGAUGCAUUUGCUUUGCAAUCUGUUGCCUCUAUUUUUUUCCUAUACUUUGCGUGUUUGACGCCAAUAAUUACAUUUGGUGGCCUCUUAGGAGAUGCAACUGAAGAACGAAUAGCUGCCAUUGAAAGUCUCCUAUCUGGUGCAAUCUGUGGUAUUUUAUACGGUUUAUUUAGUGGUCAACCUUUGACAAUCCUGGGGAGCACAGGUCCUGUUCUGGUCUUUGAAACAAUAUUAUUUGAUUUCUGCAGGGAUAAUGAUCUUGAAUAUCUGCCAUUACGCUUAUGGAUAGGUAUAUGGACUUCUAUUAUAUUAAUAACAUUAGUGGCGCUUGAUGCUAGUGCUUUAGUUUGCUACAUUACUCGGUUCACAGAAGAAAAUUUUGCUACCCUUAUUUCCCUUAUAUUUAUUUACAAAUCUGUUGAAAAGGUACUGGAUAUUGGACAUUAUUAUCCAUUAAGCAGCUCUAAUAUUGAAUUCCCAGGUCCUUGUCUUUGUACCCCUACAAAUUCAAGUUCAGAAUUUUCUGAGGAUAUUCAGUGGAGCUUGUUAAACAGCACUACAUGUCACAUGUAUAAUGGCACUAUGGCUGGAGCUGGUUGUAUUUCUUCAUAUCCUGAUGUCUACUUAUUUUCUGUCAUCUUAUAUGCAAGCACAUUUUCUAUUGCUGUCUUUUUGAAAGAGUUCAAGUUCACCCCAUUUUUCCCAUCAAAAGUGCGCAGUACUAUCAGUGAUUUUGCUGUUGUUAUAGCCAUUUUACUAAUGACAGUUGCUGAUGCCUGUGUUGGUUUAGCUACUCCCAAGCUGCAGGUUCCAGAAAAAUUUCAGCCAACAUGGCAUGGUCGGGGCUGGCUAAUUUCCUUCUUUGGAGCAAAAAAUCCCUGGUGGACAGCACUAGCAGCUGCUUUGCCAGCACUUUUAGCUACUAUCUUAAUUUUCAUGGAUCAACAAAUAACAGCUGUUAUUAUUAACAGACAUGAGAAUAAAUUGAAAAAAGGCUGUGGAUAUCAUUUAGACUUGUUUGUUUUAGCAAUUCUAAUUGUAAUAUGCUCAUUUCUGGGCCUGCCAUGGUUUGUUGCUGCUACAGUUCUAGCAAUGACACAUGUUAAUUCAUUGCGAAUGGAAUCUGAAUGCUCAGCCCCAGGAGAGAAGCCCCAAUUCUUAGGCGUCAGAGAACAACGGGUGACCCAAAUAUUCAUAUUUGGAUUGGUUGGAUUAUCUGUUCUCUUCACUUCUGUACUUCAGUUUUUUGAUCGAAUCCUUAUAAUGUUCAUGCCACAAAAAUACCAGCCAGAUUAUAUAUUUUUACGUAGUGUGCCAACUCGCAGAGUCCAUUUUUUCACUUUAAUUCAGCUUGCUUGUUUAAUUGCAUUGUGGUUCAUAAAAUCUUACAAACCAAUAUCCAUAACAUUUCCACUUAUGUUGGUUGUCAUGAUUGGUGUACGCAAACUUCUAGAUUUUUGCUUUACACAAAGAGAGUUGAAAAUUUUGGAUGAUGUAAUGCCAGAAUCUGCCAAAAGAUCAAAGGAAGAAGAGCAGAAGAAAUUAGAAGAAGAAAUGCAUGGAUGUCUGGUGCCAAAUGCCAGUUCAGGAAAUGUAGCCAUUACAUUAGCUAAUGGCAACAUUCUCAAGGUGCCUGUCGAAAAAUUCAAAGAUGAACCAGAUCAGUCAGCAAUCAACAUAUCAGAACAACUUGCACAGUCUGGAAUUUGGCAGAGCAUUGAACAGCAAGCACAACAAAAUAUACCAGUUGUUGUUGAACCUAAAGUGACAAACUCCUCUGUUAGUAAAAAGAAAAGAGGGAAGAAGAAAGAUGCUAUAUGUGAUGAAGAACAUAAGCGUCUUUCUACUAUGGCUGAAGAAGAUGAUGAAGAUGACUGCGGCAUAAUGAUUAGAAUUGAUGCCCCUACACCUACUCCUUCUAAUGUCACUUCUGCUCAUAGCUCUCCAAAACAUUCUAGAAAAGGAAGUGGAGGAGACCAGAAUGAAACUUCAGUGUAAUGAGUGAAAAUCAGAAGGAUGGGCAUCUCAGGACAAAUUAUGUAUGCCCUCUUACAAAGCACGUACCCACACCUGCCGAGAGCUCACUAGUUAAGCAUAAAUUUUAUAAUAAGCAAAAUGGGUAGUGCUAUGCAUAUGUAAUUUAGUCUUCCGCAUUGAGACUAAUGAAUUAGUCUUAUGUCAUGAAUGUCAUCAUUGUGGGGGAAAAGUAAACAUAGUUAAGGAUCCUAAAAUGGUAAUAAUAGAAUUAUGCCGAUGUGAUCAAGGAAGUCAUAAAUUAUAUAUAUCGGGUUAUAUUUUCCGUGCCUAAAUAUACUAUUGAAUUUUGUAGGUAAACGUAUAAAAUCAAAAAGUUAGACAAUGUCUAUCCCCCUUAAAAAAUCCUUCUAACUGAGAUUUAAUGUCAUAUUGCAGAUUUGCUAGAAUUAUCCAAGACACAUAAAUUUUCAAUAAAUGAUUUUAAACAUUUUUUUUAAUUUUAUUAUUAUUACAGUAUUGCUUGUUUUUAAGCAUCCCUCAGCUGUUUUUAAAUUUCUUUCAUCACUGAACUUUUAAUCUCUUAGAAAGAGUGGUAGAUGUAACAGUUAUUAUUUUUAAGAAUACUAUUCUAAAAUAAUAGAGCUGCAUUAAAAUUAAUUUCAAGUUUAUUUUAAAAAAUUAAGCGGUUUUGUACUUUAUUGGUUGAGUUAGUUAGAAAUACCUGUCUUUUCACUUAACCAUAGCAAUGUGUAAUUAAAGGCUUUAGCUGUCAUUGUUAACAUAGAAACUAGGCAAAUGAUGCAGUGAUAUAUUUAUCACUAAAUGAUAAACUGUGGAUCGGCAUACACAAUAAGUAUUUUAACUACUAACAUCUGUAGAAACUGUACCUUGCAACAGCAUAUAUUGAACUAUCUAUUAUUAGAUACUAAAUAUAGCUGCAAAUAUAAUUUUUAGGUGAUUUGUAAGUAUUUUAGUAUCAUUUUAAUUUAUUUAUUUAUUUAGGAAACAUCUAUAUAUAUAUAUACGAAUUCAAGUUAUCAAAUUAUGUGCAAUUUAAACAAGGGAGCAAUUUUGAUUUAAAACAACUGUGCAUUUUAAAAUGUUUGUUUUUAGUCCUAAAAUGUCACUUGCUGUAACAUUUUGUUCUGAUUUUCAUAAGUAACUUGAUCCUUCUCUCAUUUGUAAUUAAAAAUAUUUGCAUUUUGGA